UCCAAUACUUAUAGCAAUUUUGUCGAUUUUCAUUCAGUAAAUAAGCGAAAACAAUUCAGUUGUCACAUAAUUAUUUUACACAAAUUUCUUGUAUAAAAAUUCAUUUCCUAAUUCUGUUGUUUACAAACGACUCAAAUACCUUCUUAUGGAUACCUAAAGUAGUGAAAUUAAAAAUUCAAAUUAAGUGAUAAACAGGCUGAAAGAAAACAUCUAUUUGACUCGAAACGAAAAUGUAUAAAUGGUGUGAAAAAAUGUUGUUCAGAAGUCUUGCUAAAAAUACGCACCAGCACCUUGUCCAGUCCAAGAAUUGUCGAUAAAUGUUUGAUUGUGAAUGUUUAAAAAAGUAAAUUGCAAAUUGUUGAAUGGAAAACAUUAUUUAGUGAAAUCAAUGUCAAUAUUCUUAAAUAUAUGACAAAAAAAGAUACGAUAAAAUUGUAAAAACAAAAUUAAAACAUAAAACGAGACCGCUUUUUAGCGAAUUUUAGUCAUUGCAACACGUUUAUUAUUAUUUCAAAUCCCAACUGUUAUAUCCGGAGUCCAAUUAGUUUGAUAUAUUUUUUGUUUUGUUAACUUUUACCAAAUCACCCUAACAAAAAAAAAACCAACAACAAAUAAAAUAUGCCUCUGUUUGGUAAAAAGGAUUCGGCCAAAAAAUCGAAAAAAGAUGUUCGCGACCCGGACAAACAUGGCUCAAUCGAGGACAAAUAUCAUCUAAAAGAAUUACUUGGAACAGGUGCCUUCUCUGAAGUUCGUUUAGCUGAAAGCAAAGAUUAUGCCGGCCAACUAUUUGCUGUUAAAAUAAUUGACAAAAAAGCGCUGAAAGGAAAGGAGGACUCACUAGAAAAUGAGAUCAAAGUACUGCGAAGGUUCAGUGCUAAUCAAAGUGAUGGUGACGGAAAAGCCGAAUCUUCGCGGCUGACACAUCCGAAUAUUGUGCAAUUAUUGGAAACGUAUGAAGACAAAUCGAGAGUGUAUUUAGUUAUGGAGCUUGUCACCGGGGGCGAGCUAUUCGAUAGAAUUGUAGAGAAAGGAUCGUACACAGAAAAAGAUGCGUCUGAUUUAAUUCGUCAAGUUCUAGAGGCCGUCGGAUAUAUGCAUGAUCAAGGCGUUGUUCACAGGGAUUUGAAGCCCGAAAAUCUUCUAUAUUAUAGUCCAGACGAAGAUAGUAAAAUAAUGAUUAGUGACUUUGGAUUAUCGAAAAUGGAAGACUCUGGAAUAAUGGCAACGGCAUGUGGUACGCCGGGAUAUGUAGCCCCAGAAGUUCUAGCCCAAAAACCAUAUGGAAAAGCAGUCGAUGUGUGGAGCAUAGGUGUCAUCUCGUAUAUUUUACUUUGUGGUUACCCACCAUUUUACGAUGAAAAUGACGCUAAUUUAUUCGCCCAGAUACUGAAAGGCGAAUUCGAAUUCGAUUCACCGUAUUGGGACGAGAUAAGUGAAUCAGCUAAGGAUUUUAUUCAAAAUUUAAUGUGUGUCAAUGUAGACAAACGAUAUACUUGUAAACAAGCACUAGCGCAUCCAUGGAUAUCGGGCAAUGCUGCAAGCAACAAAAAUAUUCACGGAACUGUUUCCGAACAACUUAAAAAGAAUUUUGCCAAGUCGCGGUGGAAGCAAGCAUAUCAUGCAGCCACGGUUAUACGUCAAAUGCAACGAAUGGCUUUAAGCAGCAGCGGUGGUUCCAGUGGCCGUAGUCCGGUUGGCAAUCGUAGUAAUAGCGAUGAAAAUAGUUCUCAAUGUAUAAAUGGCAGCGGAGUAACGAAAUAAAUUACGGAUUUACGUUAAACACACUAAAUUUACCAAAAAAAAAAAUGAAAAUAAUUUAGCUGCUUGUUGCUUAGUCUGUCUUCGCUUAAAAAGAAUUUUCUAUUAUAAAAACAAAGAAAACAACAACAACUAAAAAAUGAAAUGAAUCUUUUAGAGAAAAAGAACCGUUCAGCUUUUUGUACCUAAAAACAUGUAAAACUGUGAACGUUUUAAAAUAGUGAAUUGUUAAAAGAGAGAAUUUGAAAUCCUAGCAUAUAUAAUAUUGAAUCGUUCAAAUUUGUUUAUUUUAUUUAUAUUUUUUUUAAUUUUUUUUUUUUCUUCUUGUUUUUACAUUAAACUUUAAUUGUUAAUUUUAUCAAAUUUUUAUUAUUUUUCAAAAAAUUUAUUAUUUGUGAUAAAUUACUCGAUUAUUCGAUUAAUUUCUUUGUACCCUUGUACUGCAAUGAAUCUUAAAUCGAAAUAGGAAUGAAUCUCAAAGAUUUUUCAAUUUUAACAUUGUUACAAUAACUAUAAUAUGAAACUAACAAAAUAAACUUAAUCUUUAAUUUAAUGUUAAAUUACUUAGUACAGACAAUUACAGACGUCGGUCAGUUUAUCAUACACAAAUUCCCAUCAUUCUUAACGAAACAAAACUUCUUCACAUAACCACGGAGGAAAGCUAGGCUAUAUUCCUUCUGAAGUAUCAAGAUCAGUCAUGACAGAUAUUGCUGUUUGAACUACCGAGUGAAAAAUGAUUAUUUAGGCACUAGGUUUGUGACAGUCACUGAAAGGCCGCAUAAAAUUUUUUCCUUCCUGAAAGUUUUAAUUUUCGUCACUGAGUUCAGAAAAAAUAAUUUUGAACGUUUCUCUGAUCACCGUGCCAUAAUUAUUAGAAUAAAAAAAAUAUUGGACAUGCAUUCAUUACUUAAGUUACUUAAAGCUAUUCUUCUAAAUUUUUUCUUGUUAUUUCUAUGCGAAAUGCACGAGAAAUGAUGCACCAUUAAAUCGAGACUAUAUCUCAUAACUAAUUCGAAUCUAUGGUACCUAUAGAUAUAUCUGAAUAGUUGAAUUAAGCAGCAUCUGAACACUUUUCCGGAACAAAUCUGAGAAAAAAUUGUGGCUUAAACUAGGCAAAUCGACCACUUAACCCACUUCUACCUGAUUCUCUCGAUUGAACACUGCCGUAUGAACUUUUGCCCAAGUAUGGUAAUUGGAACCUAAGAGUAUUUACAGCAGAGUCAUUAACACUGAUUUUCAAGAAAGUUUUUUUUUUUGCAUCGGCGAAGUAGACCUUCGAAUGCAUUCAGUUUGUAUGUAUUAAUUCAAUGUUGACUUAGAAAAUGAAAAUUUUCCAUCAAUUUGACUUAUUUCUCAUUUUCCGUGGCAUUUUGUACUAAUCAGUUAACAUUAUUAAUAUUUCUUACUAUAUAAACAGUUACUUAACGGUUGCAGCAAUAAUAUUUCACAUGUCCCUUUUAUCUCGUCAAAGUGUUAAUGCUAGGUAAACUAAAAUUAAUUAAAGAUUAAAACUUAAGAAGAGUAAAAAAAUUGAAUUUUUUUCUUUGUUAAUUUAAAAGCUCAACACAACAUUAUGGGAAUUAUGUAAAUAAAUAAAAUAUGCAAAGCAAUCUUAUAUCCAAACAGUUAACUAAUUACUAAAUAACUUAAUAAAAUUGAAAGUAAACAUUUAUUGAAAAUAUUGAAAAGAAAAAUAAAUUAAAUUCCUUGGAUGAUGUAAAUUUGCAAAAAAAAAGAAGAAAAAUAUUGUAAAUACAAUUUAAAGAGAAAUGUGUAACUUUUAAUUUUAACAAAAAAGAAAAGAAAGAAAACAAAAACAAAAUUAUGUGAUUUUUAAAAAUAGUUUUAAGGGGGACAAAGAACUUUAAAAUUGAAAAUGAAAAUCUUUUUAACAAUUAUUUAAGGAUACACACACAAUUACACACAUAAAACACACACCAUUCUAAUUAGAUAACUGUAAGAAAGUCAACGAUAAGCAUACAUGAACAGUCGACAAAAUUUUAGACCAUCAAACUUAAAUACUAAAACUGGUUUCUUAGCGCCAAAUAAAACCAAACCUAAGCUGGUCCUGCGUAUAUCUUCCUUCAAAUUCCAUUUCAAAUUUUCGAAAUUUAAAUUAUUUACCAAAUAUUGAAAGAUGUCUCAUACGGAAUGAAUAAUGAAUGAAUCACAGUUCACGGAAUUGUUUCUCUGUUUUUUUACCUUAAAAGCGACCUGAUGACACAUGAACUCAACGAAAAAGGGAUUCCUAGGAAAUGAAUUAUUUUACGAAAAAGAAAAAUUUAAAAAUCAAUUAAAAUGAGAAAUUGUUAAGAGUUGUUAUGAUAAGAACCAAAACUAAAUAAAAAAAAGUUGUAAUCUGUUUUCUCGAGAAAAAUUGUUGAAUCGUCAUUUCUGCUCUCUCGUCUCUACCUUUCUUUUAUUUUCCAUUUUCUUGUAAUAGUAGGUAUAAUAGGAAGAAACUAGGAAUUUUUCACUUGAUUGAUUAAUCAAUUAUCUAUCGUAAUUCUAAGAAACUUCACGUUUGUUUCUGCAAAAUUUUCGGUAUGAAAUUUUUUAUUUUAUUUACACAAAUUACAUUAAACAAUAAAAAAAAUGAAAGAAGAUAAACUCGUCACAAUUGAUAAGUUGCUGUUAGUAAAACGAGUUAAAAUGAAAACAUUCCCUAAUUCAGCUUGUCGAUUCUAUGGGUUUAUAUUGAAUAAAAUAUUGAGAUGUGGAUAUAUUUAUAAGCAUAAGUUGUAAAAUUAAAAUAAAUAAAA